CGCCGUCCCUCGGUGAGCCAGCCUCCCUCUCACGUUACACCCUAUUUAUAACGGCCCCUCGCCAGGCUCCCUGACUUCCCCGGGACCUCCUCCCAGCCGCCACGCUUGCCCCUGACAUCCGAGAGACUCGGCUCAACUCCGCUCCGCUCGGCUUAUACCGCUCCGGCCCGGCGACCGAAGCGGAUUACCCCAGGAAAGGACGGCGCUCCUCCCCUCUUUUUGGAACUUUGGGGACCUCUUGGAUAUGCGCUGCUGUUCGCUUUAGGAGCUUUCGCCAUGGAUCACGCGCUUUUUGGCUGCCUGCGGAGCCCCCACGCCCCGGCUCAGGGUCUACACCCUGCCGCCUUCGCCCCGUCCCCGCUCACCCUACACGGACGCUCGGACCACGUCUCCUACCCUGACCUGGCCUCCUCGUCGUCCUCGUCCUCCACGUCCUCGCCGUCCACUUGCAUCAUCUCCAGCUACCCGCCAGAAGACGGCCUGUACCACCCCCACCACCACCCGCAGCAACACCCGCAACUUCACCACCCGCACCAUCACCGCGGCCACCACCCGGGCCCGCAGAGUCAGCACCAUACGGCCGCCGCCUGGCACGUCCCGCACAUGUCAGCCGGGGGAGGGGGCGCCCGGGCUAACCUUUGCCACCCGCACUCCCACCUGUCCCACGACAGGGGGCCUGCGCCACAGGACUUGGCACACGCCGGCGGGCCCGCCAUGGGUGCGUCCACCCCCGGCAUGGGCGGCGGUAAUACCCCCACGGGGGCAUCUUCGGAGUUUGGCAGGCCCACGCUGUCACCUGCAGAAGCGGAAAAGAGGAACGGAAAGAGGAAAAGUGACAGCUCAGAGUCUCAGGACGGCAGUCUGAAGUGCGAGCUGAGCGGCAAACCGCGCAAGGAGAGGACGGCCUUCACCAAGGAGCAAAUCCGGGAGCUGGAGGCUGAGUUCGCCCACCACAACUACCUGACCCGACUACGCCGAUACGAGAUCGCCGUCAACCUGGACCUCACCGAGAGACAAGUGAAGGUGUGGUUCCAGAACCGGCGGAUGAAGUGGAAGCGCGUGAAGGGCGGCCAGCAGGGUGCGGCGGCGCGGGAGAAAGAACUGGUCAACGUGAAAAAGGGAACGCUGCUCCCCUCCGACUUUUCCGGCAUGGCGGCGUUGCGCCACUCCACGGACUCGUUGGCCAACGACGACAGUCACGACAGCGAACUGAGUGACGAACGCGCUCCGUUAUGAUUAAGGCCACGUGGUUAAAUACAGUACAGUGAAUCCCCGUUUAUUGUGGGCAUACGUUCCAGACCCACCCACGGGCAUUAGCGUAGGUGUUACGGUCAUGAGAAACAUUCAACACGUACGGACAGAAUAAAACAAAACAAAACAAAACAAAAUGGAACAUGAUUUCAACAGAAAAAUGUUGAACCGAUCCAUAUCACCUUCAAAUCCGCUAGCUUAAUGUUAAGAUAUAAUGUGAAAUGAACAGAUAUCACGAUAAUUCGAAAGCUUGGAGCAACUGCUACUCAAAGAGAGCAGCAUCAGAUUCAACAAAAGAGAAAUAAACCUUGUGUAUUUAAACAGCAAAAUGUUGCACCAAACCAUAUCAUUUUGUAAGUCCUCGAGACAUGUAACGCAAAACGCUGUUGAUGUCGAUGUCGAUGGGCUGACGGGAAUGAGUAUAGAUGUUAGGCUAAUGAUACAUUGUUACGUUAACACACAUGGAGAAUAGAACAAAAGCCAAUGAAACACUGUGUAUUUAAAGCUCAAAAUGUCACCAUAUCAUUUCAUCUAACAGAAGUCCACUAGCUUAAUGCUAACAUAUAUACGAUACGCCAUAGGCGGGCUAACGGAAAUCAGCAUCAACGUUGGGUUCAUUCUAAACCUUCAAACAACUCCGACUUUACACACACCGAGAGCAGCAACGCAUACAAACAGCUGUUAGGCUGCUUGUCUUCCAGGAGAGCUCGGUGCGGCCCGCCACGUCGUGGCACAACGUGGUACUACGCUGAAGCCGCGCAACUUGCCUGUAUACGGUAAAAACAUCAAACGCAAUUGGUGCGAAUGAUGAAACGCGGUAUAGCGGGGGUUCACUGUAUUAAAUAUUGAAAUGUGACCGUUUGGCUACACUGAUGUAAACAUUCCGUUUUUUAUUUGCACUGUCGGACUUGGCCGCUGUCAUAUUUGUGACAAGUUAGACGUCUGUCCACGUCCGUCCUGGAAAUAGCCCCUCUUCGGAUAUGCUGCAGUACCCGCUGGAAACAGCGGGGGGCAGUGAUGAGAGUCCACGUGAUUCAAGUCCAGGAAUGGCGGAUACCUAAGAAAAAAAAGAAUCACCUUGAACUUACCUUGAUGCUGCCUCCCAUUUUGCCAACAACGGCAACCCACGUGUCUUCCGAUUUGGGUACAAAUGGUACGUUCAUUCCAUUUUGUACGUAUUGCUAGCAUAAAGCAGUCCCUCCAAGAUUACGUGCAUUUCUACUUUUGUUCCACUUAGGUAACACCCGAUUUUACAAUUACCGUAGCUUUUUUACCAUCUUGAAAAUAUAAUAUAUUUUUACAAAUGAAACUUGUAAUAUUACAGUUUUUCUACAAAAAAAUGUGUUCUUGUAAUAUUGAAACUCGAAUGUUACAACUUUUACAACUGAAUUCUCGUACGAUUGUGACUUAUCUUGGCAAAAUAUUAUUAUUCUUGUGAGACUUUUUAGUCUCGCCAAAAAUAGGACUUAUCUUUCCCCCCCCCCCCCCAAAAAAAACCCAAAAAAAUCCACACAUCUGCAUUUGUAUCCAAGUAAGUAAGGACGUUUUAUUGGUCGGACAGUUGACGUACGUGAGUCAGCUACUCAGGGAUGAAAUCGCGACGACGUGGAGUUUGAUCAAAGUUAACGAGGUUCUGUGGGUAUUGGUUAGAGUGAGCGAGAAUCGGUGCGGAAUCCUGGAGGGACUGAUCAAUGAACCGACCUGGGGCGCCUGCUGACUGCAGCGUGGGAUUCGGAUUCGUUCUCACACUUGUCAACUUUUCUACGAUAGCUUGCAAUCUGCAGAAGUUGCUUUUCUCUCAAAGAGAACAUUUGCUUGGAGUGUUUGGUUUGUUUUUAGCAUGAAACCUCAAAAUGCUAACGCGGCGGCCUACGUAAUUUGUCAGCAGUCUGGACAUUUUUUGGGAGGGGCUUUAAAUGGCCGAGCAAACGACGGAUCGGUGAUGAUCAAUGAUGUGUAAAUAAAUAAGCUGAAUUCGUAUACGUUUGUACCCGCAGCCGUCGGCCUGUGCCGCAAUAAACACUGACCGACUACA